AUGGCGACCCCCAAUAUGACCGGCAAAAAGGUCAACGUUCUGGUCUAUUCCGGUGCGCCACUCUCCCCUCUUCUCCCCGCUCAGCAUCAACGAUAUCCUUCACUUUGCACACAACGAAUUAUACGCAAUGGAACCACCGUCGAAUCAGUCCGCCACACCCUCUACUCCCUCCGCCGCCUUCUAGCCCCCCACUACGCCGUCAUCCCCGUCACCUCCGAUGCCCUCCUCCACGAACCCUGGACCGCUACCUGCGCUCUCCUCGUCAUCCCCGGCGGCGCUGAUCUAGGCUACGGCCGCGUUCUCAAUGGCCCCGGCAACCGCCGCAUCGAACAAUUCGUCAAGCGCGGCGGCGCUUACCUCGGUUUCUGCGCGGGUGGGUACUACGGUUCCCAACGCUGCGAGUUCGAAGUCGGCGAUAAGACACUUCAGGUUAUCGGAGAGCGCGAGUUGGCCUUCUACCCUGGUACAUGUCGCGGAGGGGCGUUCGCGGGGUUCGUCUAUCACAGUGAGGCGGGGGCGAGGGCGGCGGAGAUUUCGGUGAAUAAAGAUAUUCUCAAUGCGGGGAUUGUGCCGGAGCGGUUCAGGUGCUACUAUAAUGGAGGUGGGGUGUUUGUGGAUGCGCCCACGCUGGCUGACAAGGGAGUGGAGGUCCUGGCUAGCUUUGAGGAGGAGUUGAAUGUUGACCCUGGGGAGGGGAAGGCCGCAGUGGUGUUUUGUCGCGUUGGCGAAGGGAGGGUUGUUCUUACGGGACCGCAUCCGGAGUUUGCAGCUGCAAAUCUGGAUAAAAAAGCCGGUGGCCCCGAAUAUACAAAAGUCAUAGAGGCGCUGGAGGCUGACGACAAGGCGCGCACGGACUUCCUCAAGGCAUGUCUGGUCAAGCUGGGCCUGCAGGUGACGCAGAGCACGACCACCGUGCCGUCGCUGUCAUCGCUGCAUCUGUCCUCACAGGAGCCGGCGGAGACGGCCGAUCUGGUAGCGUCCUGGCAGGAGAUCAUCACCAAGGAUGGCAACGAAGAGAUUAUCAAGGACGAGAAUGACACAUUCCGGAUUGAGAGACCCGGCGCAUGGAAUCUGAGCCAGUUGGAAGAUUCACUCCCGGAAUCGUCGCAGUCUACGGAGGGUAUCGUGGAUUACAACGCCAUUGUCAAGCGGCUGGUGGUGCACGACGACGUGCCAUCGUCGAAACUGACGCCCUACUUCAACCAUCAUGCCUUCUACUCCAACCUCCACCAGUACCAGUCGCAGUCCCGCGAGGGUGCAUCCGAGUUUGGCGCCCACCUCGUGUACGGCGAGGUCGUUACCAGCACGAACACGAUCCUGGAAAAAAACCCCAAGCUGCUGCGCAAGCUGCCUAACGGCUUCACCGCCAGCGCCACGACCCAGGUGGCAGGCCGCGGCCGCGGAUCGAACGUAUGGGUGUCGCCGGCCGGGGCGCUGAUUUUCUCGACGGUGCUUCGCCACCCGUUGGAGAAGAUUCAGUCAGCACCAGUCGUAUUUAUCCAGUAUUUGGCGGCGAUGGCAGUGGUGCAGGGAAUCAAGAACUACGAUGCGGGGUACUCGGAGCUCCCGGUCAAGCUGAAGUGGCCGAAUGACGUGUAUGCACUGGACCCGGAGCACCCGGAGAAGAAGCAGUACUCGAAAAUCUGCGGCAUCCUGGUGAACUCGCACUACUGCGCGAACGAGUACAUCUCGGUCGUGGGCAUUGGCAUCAACGCAACGAACGCAUCGCCCACCACAUCGUUGACGGCGCUGGCGGCGCGGUUCCUGGGACCCCGGGCGGCCCCGAUCACGCUGGAGAAGCUGCUGGCGCGCAUCCUCACGACCUUCGAGGAGCUGUAUACGCGGUUCCUGCGGAGCGGGUUCGAUCGGUCGUUUGAAGAAAUGUAUUACGCGGACUGGCUGCACAUGCACCAGGUGGUGACGUUGGAGGAAGAGGGGGGUGUGCGCGCGCGCAUCAAGGGGAUCACGCGGGAUUACGGGCUGCUGCUGGCAGAAGAACUGGGCUGGAAUGACCGACCGACGGGCCGGGUGUGGCAGCUGCAGAGCGACAGUAACAGUUUUGACUUCUUUCGCGGAUUGGUGCGGCGAAAGGUGUAG